UAGUUGAUUUGUAGUUAAUCGUGUUUCAUCUCCUGUGUUUUGAAGAUUCUUGUGUACCUAAUAAAAUGGUCGCUCAGUAAGCGUACGUGUCUGUCAGGCAGGUGUUAUGUCCUUUGACUCCUCUCUCCCUCUGCCCUUAUCAGGCGAGCGCUGUGACGUCAUCACGCCGCUCCGACGUCUCGUGGCUGCAUCAAUGUUUUUUCAUCAGACGAAAACAAACAGCCAACGGAGCUGUUAGCGUAGCCUAGCUUAGCUGUUAGCCGCGCAGCGAAGGCGGACUCUGUGACUUCGUAACGCUCGCGCGUCUAAAUGUGCGCAGAUUCAACGACUCAACGCGUUUUCUACUGUUAGACUUUGACCGUUUAUGUAACAACCAUCUUCCUCCUCCCCUGCUCAACGCUCACUGCUCAGCAGACACACAGCACCAUGUCCGACGCUGCUAACGCUGCUAACGCUGCUAGCGCUGCUACCAGCGGAGACUCCGGACUCAACGGAUCCUGGGUGGAGCUGGAGAUGAACAGAGGUGGACCAGGCUCGGUCCACUCGUCCACCACAGCAGGACCGGGCUCGGGUCUGCUGCCCCUGCCUCAAGUGGAGGAAGAGGAGGCCAUGGUGGGCGGGCUGGAGCACGUCCCGUCCUCGUCCUCCAUCCACAACGGAGACAUGGAGAAGAUCCUGUUGGACGCCCAGCACGAGUCGAGCCGCAGCAACUCGUCCUGCGACAGUCCUCCACGGCCUCACAGUCCUCAGGACGAAGGACAGAUCAUCUUUGAUGUGGACGUGAGCAGCAGAAGAGACAGCCAAGUAAAUGCUCUCCUCCAUCUGUUGCCAUGGCAACCAUCACUUCUGUCAGAAGAGGACGUCUUGGACAAGGAGAGGGACAUGGACAUCCUGAUGAAGGACGCAGACUGGGUGGCGGAUUGGUCCAGUCGACCGGAAAACAUUCCCCCCAAGGAGUUUCACUUCCGACACCCUCGGCGCUCCGUGACGCUCAGCAUGAGGAAGACGGGCGCCAUGAAGAAAGGAGGCAUCUUCUCUGCAGAGUUCCUCAAAGUCUUCAUCCCCUCACUGCUGCUAUCACACAUCCUGGCUCUGGGACUGGGAGUCUACAUUGGAAAGAGGUUGACCACGCCUCCAGCCAGUUCUUUCUGAACAGAAGUGCCUCAGACGUCGCCCCCGUGUGUUCGGAGGAAGCGUUUGCUGUCGUGACCAGAGAGCGAGCGUCCACGCGUCUCUCCUCUCUCUGCCCCGCCCGCCCGCCCGCCCGCCUGCCUGACCCCGCCUCCCCCUCGCCACCGUCCCUGAGAUAUGACAUGUUCUCAGGAGACGCGUGUCCGUCUCCUCCCUCCCUCUCUGACUGUGAUUCCUCUCUCCUCGCCUCCUUCUCUCCUUUCUUGUUUCUAAAAGCUUUUUACUGAGUUGAUCAUAUUUGGUCAUAUUUCAUUUUCCACAGCGAUUGUGUUUAAAUGUUUAUAAACAGGUGGGUUUGUAGGGAGCGUCGACACACGCACACACGCGCACACACACACACACACACACACACACACACACACACACACACACAGAUUGUGCCACAAGUCCAAACUGAAAAUCUCGUCCUGCCUUUAUUUUGUAGAGAUCGUCUUCUUCCGGUCGUUUUGCCUUUUUCUUUCUUUCUUUUUUAAAUGUUUGUCACUGAGUGUUGGUGUCGUGAGGAGUGACCACAGCGGCCAUUAUCAUUAUCUCAUUAUAUCAUCAGUGGUGGUUUUUCCACAGAAGACACACACACUGAUUUAGUUUUUCUCUGAUUGUAAAUUCUGAUUCUGAUUCUGAUUUAGAUUCUGAAGCCAAAGUGACAGGAAGUGGAGCGGCGCUGUCGCUCACACUCUAACAGUAUUCUGUGUCCAUGCCCUUCAAAGUAAAACGUCCUCUGUCUGAAACUCACCGCCCUUCUCUUCAUGAAUCCACUCGAUCAGUGUUUGUCAAACGUCUGAAAAAUGAUUUCUUUGCAGGAAAUCUUCACGUUGACUCUGAACAUGAUUAUUCUGCUGAUUUAAAGACGUUUAAAAACAAAUCAUCACAUUUGCCAAAAUUUCAGAAUAAAAGUGACUAAGUUGACACACACACACACACACACACACACGUUACCUGUGGGCUGAUGAUCACUGCUGAUUUAGAUUAUGAUUUGAUUUGAAUUCACCAGAUCUCAGUUUGAUUCCAUUCAAGAGAUUUUCACUGAAGCUGCAAAUGAUAUAAAGUUUGAUUCUCUGGUGAAUCAUUCAAACAUAUUAAGUUUUACGUCAUUUGACUGACAGUGUAACUCUACAGCCUCGAGUCGCCGUCAGACAUUUCAGUGUAAUGAACAGGUUGUCCAGCAGAGGGCGCUGUGAGUGCGGCGUCCUGCAAAAAAAACAGCGUGUAGGUGAACAAAAUCUGCUGACUCGCACGUUAGCUUAGCUGUUAGCAUCACAGCACACAGUCACGUGAGACUUCAGCAGCGAAGUCUCAAGUCUCGUGAGAUUUGUGCACCGGAAACGGGAAGUGGUGUAACUGAAACGAUCGAUGCGAGGACGUUAUGAGUCGAUAUCUGAGAGUUUAAUUACAAAUCCAUAUGAACUGGAAAAGCAACAUUUGUUUUAAGCCCAGCCCUGGUUACCUGGUUACCUGGUUACCUGGUGGUUGUUAUGAGUUUGACUGCAGGUAAAGUCACAGUGAUGAUGUCAGACAUGGGCGUGACUACACUCUGGAUUAUUGUGGAUUUGCAGUUUUGUGCAGACGCUUGAGAAACGCUGUGUAAAUGUGAUCAGUUUCCUUCCUGUGAUCCACGAACACGGGGAUAAAGAAAUGGGACGCGGCCUCGGUCGCUUACAUUUCAGCCUCAGAGUCGUUUGUUUGUUUUUGUGCGACUCACUUGUUUGCGUUUGUUUGUUUGUUUGUUUGUUAGUUUUAUGAAGAUGAUGGAAGCACAGACAUGUUUGUAAGAAGUGUAAAAUAAUAAUAAUGAUAAUGAUAAUAAUAAAUGUUGAUGGAGGAGCAUGACGUGAAAGGAACUGAAGGUGUGGAAAGAACGAUGCAUUUGCUUUGAUUUUCUUUGUUUCUCUCUUCAUUCUGAUAAAAACAAAAAUUGAUUAAAAAACCUUUUUGUCAUUAAACAUAACCUGAAGAUA